AUGGCAUCCUAUGAUGCAUCGGAUGCUGAUACCAUCGACGGUCUUCUUCAGUUUCCCGUUUCGAAACGAAAUCAUGCUGGCAAAAUGACCUACGUCAACAGAAGAGCGCAAGAAGAAGUCAUACUCUACAAUUCUGACGGAUAUCGAGCAUUACUUGAUCUUAAAUAUGGACGAAUGGGCGGUGGUUAUGCCAUACCCGAAUUCGGACUAGCCUAUGUACGUGAUAUACGUUUCUUUUGUGAAGAUACUGACGAAUGCCGUCUGGCUGAUAUGAUGGUUUCUGCAUGCUACUGUAUGACAUCAGCUGAACUUUAUCCAAAUCCGAGAACAACGGACGAGUGGAAACAAGAAACUUUGGCUAAAUUUCGAGCAUUCGUGGCAGCAGCCGUGGCGAAUACGAGAGGUGAUGGCUCCAAUACUUAUCUUUUACUUGGACCAAUCGGCACUGGUGCGUUCGGAAAUGAUGUUGAGGAUAUUGCAUUUGUCUUUCGUGAUGUACUCAAAGUUCGAUCAAAAUUUUAA